UGUUGUCCUAUCCCGAACACCGUAUGUCCCCCGUCACGUGACCACGCCCGUUUCCUGUUGCUAUUGUAUUACACUUCCAUGUUUUUCGCCUCAAACAGCAACGGUCAUGUAAACUCCGACGUCGAAACCGCAACCACCGCGCGACUCUUCCCCGCACACAAAGUUAGUUUAACGUCUGCCCAGGUCGCCCACAGCCAGCGGAGGCGCGGAACCGGCGCGGCUACGGGGGAAACAUGGCCAACUGCGUGGCUUUCCAGAGCAAGUUAACCUCGAUCAUGGAGAUGCUAGCGAAAACAGCCGUGGUGGAGAUCAGCAGACUGUGGGAGGACGGCUUUGCUCUCGUCCAGGUCGAGCUUCGCCGGAGGGAGAGCGAAAUCGAAGCCCUGAACACAAAGCUGAUGCUGAUGGAAAACGAGAGGCUGUCAGCCCUGUCUCACGCCCAGACUACGAAUCUUUCCUCCUCAUCUUCUUCCAAGAGAGAGCACCAGAACAAGCUGCUGCCGCCCACCGGUGAUGGGCCUAUUAUAGAUUCAGUCCAGACAUUAUGUUCGGAUCUGAGCGUCAGAGAGAAGGCGGACAACUCAGCAACUCACACACCACCACCAACUGCUCAGACAGAGGAGAAGCAGUGUGAGCAGCUCAAGUCAGACAAUUGUGAAAGGGAGGACAUAGAUGAUGAAGACUUGAUAGUCAAGCUGGAGGACGAGGACGACGUUCAGAUUGUGGAGCAGAUCGUGGACUCUGAUCACAGUGUUAACGACGGAGCGGGUCCCCACGAGAUGGAUCUUAACCAGCAACCUGCUGAUGUCCUGGAAGAACAGGAGAGCCAGCAGUGGACGUCUGUUUCAGUGGGAGACAGCGACACUGCCGACGACUCGGACUGCUUUUUCGAACCGAAGCAGCUGUCACAAAAUCUGGACUCAGAAAUCCUGCUCAUUCAGAAUGCCUUGGACAUUUUUGAUAAUUCAGCAGAGACAGCAUAUUCUGACAGGUUUAUGAGGGAUAACGGACAAGGUGCAUCGAGUAAAUCAAGGGCUUCUUUGACGUUUAGCCAAGCUCAGCCCAGUCAACCCAUAGAAGCAAUAAACCACCCAGAGAGGGGAGUGUCCAUCAGAUUCCUCUCGGAGAAACAACCACAAACUAAAAACACGUCAGCUUUUAACCCAGACAGCAGGUUCUUUCUCUUAAACGACCCCGAGCUUCAUAAAACUAUAGCAAGUCGCCGCAUAAAGGAGAAAUGGUUCAUCUGCCCGUUCUGCGGAAAAAGCUUUGAUCGCGUCAGCCAUCUGGAGAUUCACCAGCGAAUUCACACAGGAGAGAAACCGUACACAUGCGAUACAUGUGGCAAGUGUUUUUCUCAGAGGAGUAACCUUCGCACUCACCAGCGGACUCACAAAGAGGCUCUAUCCCAAAAUGCGGUUUGAUUUAAUAGAUUUUGGGUAAUGGGAAAAGCUAGAAUUUUCUCUGUCGCAUUUAUGUCUAGAUUAAUUAACAAAUUGUCUUUGUAUUUUGAUAUUACUGAAAAGUGAUGUAGCUGACUUUACUGUGCAGUCAUUUUUUAAAAAGCGUAACUUUGACAUAGCUUGGAUUGUAAGAACUAAAUUUGUUACUUGUGAACUCUUUAUAAAUUCAGCCAGUAUAGGCAUUUGUAAAACCACACAGGGACAUCCAGCCCCAAGGACAAAGCUGAGUAUUGACCUCUUAAAGUUAUAGAAAAAGACACAAUUUAUUCUUUAAUAUCUGGCUGAUUGACGCGAAUCAUUGCGGAUCAGAAAGGGUUGGAGAGCAAACCUCUGUAUGUGUGACCACCUCUGGUAUCCCUUAGCAUUACCGUUUUCUCAUUAAGUGUCCAUUUUCAGUAUCUAAAUAAGAAAAAAAAAAA